AUGAAUCCUAGGAGAGCUUAAUCAAGUGGAAAUAGAGCUUCGUCUGCUGUAAAACGAGUUGCUAUGCCGAAUGGGUACACAUUGUACAAUUAGAGUGGGCAGAAAUUUCAUUUGCCCAAUAUGAAGAAGUACUGCAGUUAUAUGAAUGUAAAAGUGCAUCACAACGUUCUAUUGAAGAGGCAGAGAAUAGGGCAAAAACAUCAACAUUAUAGCCAAUGCAUAGCGAAGUAUAGACAAUAGUUCAUCAAAGACCAUAGAGUACAAUAGAAGUAAAAUAAAUUUGAAAAUGAUUUAGACUCCUGCAGUGAUGAUGAAUAAGUACAUCAAUUACAGAAUAGCAUAACCAUAUUCAUGCACAGUGGAUGUGAAUGCACGUUUAUGGGAAGCAAGUAAAAACACAACUAUAGGAUUGAAAAGAGUUUCAUCAGCUGUCAAGAAAGAAGAGACUGAAUAUUAAUAAGAUUGUGAAACAAUUAGUGGUACAUUAAAACCAUAUGAAUUUUUAUCAUCUCUUGGAGGUAAGAUGAUUUCAAAUGAACCCUCCAAAUAAUAAUCAAUUGAUGUUUCUAGAUAAAAUAAUGCACAAUAACCUCGUCCCUAAACUGUAACAUCCAUAGGAAAGAUGGAUUUCACAAUUAUUUAAGAAUAAUAAUAAAGACUAUAAUCUGCUCAAUAAACAUUAUCAAGACCUCCAAUUUCUAAAAGACCAAUGACAUCUAUUUAAAGACCUUAAUCUUAAGCUUUUGAAGUUACUGAAAGCAAAAGAGUUAAAUAAGAUCGUAUUUAAAGUGCUACUCUUGAUGUAUUUCAAAAACCUAAUCAAAAACAUAAAAAAUAAAUCACAGAUAUGAUUGAUUAAUAAGUUAUAAGACCCUAAAGUAAUUGGAGUCAUUAAAGACCUUUAUCUUCAAAAACAACUGCACCAUAAUCUUUCUUUAAAAUAUAUACUAAAUUCACUAAUGUUAGUGCACUUGAUUUACCAUAUGAAGAACUUUUUGAUAGAAAUGAAAGAACUGUUGCAGCUACAUUUGCAAGAUUUGGAGAUCUAGGUUAUUAUUCACCAAUAUAAAGAAUUGGAGUGUAUAUGUAAUUUUCAGCAAAGUUGAAAAGAGAACAUUUACUAAAAAUAAUAGAUUUAUAAAAAACAAUGAGUUCUGCUGAAAAAACAGAUGGAGAAGUUCCUAUAUAAUUAGCUAUUGUAAAUGAAUUAUUUCCAAAAUAAGGAAGAGACAAAACAGGAAUUAAUUCAGGAGCUAAUGAUGCUUUGACUAGAGAACCAGUAUCUUUAUGUUUAUAUCCUGAAUAUUUUGAUGACAAUGAUGAAAAUAUAGAUCAGAUGGAAUUGUCUCUUAGAAAAUUCAAUGAAAUGUUAGCUGAAAUGAAUGGCAAUUAUGAUCCAUCAUUAUUAUGCAAAGACUAUUACAUUCAUAUUGAUAGAGAAUUCUGGCCAGAAAACAUUCUUAAAGAAGUACUUAUAUCAGAAGAAAGAUAUCGUAAUUAUAUAUCUGGAGAUCAUAUAAGAAAUGAUGAAGUUCCAAAAUUCAAAAGAGAAUGGAUUUUAAAUGCAUUCAAUUUGAUUAAACCAGAAUUAUUACGUAAUGAAGAAUGUUCUAGAUUUAUUGUUAAAGAGAUAUUAGAAUUAUUUAGAGAAUAUAUGAAAAGAGCAAUGCUUGAUUAUAUACUUAGAUCACCAGAAGAAAGAAAAAGACUUCAUAUUACAUUAAUUCCAAGAAAUUUCAUAAAUUCAGCUUAAAGAAUUGCUAGAGAAGGAGGUUACAAUAUGAAAUUAUUUCCAGAUUGGCAUGAUUUUGUAUAAAGAGGUAAGGAUUUCUGCAAAAGUAAUCUUACUCUUAUAUCAACUAUCAAUUAAGGAUUGUCUGAUUGGAUCUAAGAUUUUAAUAAUUUUAAAUUAUGUGAUUUAAGCAAAAUGAAAUAAGUAGCUAGAUUAGGUUAUACUUUUACAUUCUAAGAAUUUUAAAGAGUUUAAACAAUCUAUAAAUUAAAUGUACUUUGUCUCUUAGAACAUGUUUGGUUUAGAGGAGUUAUGCUUAUAAUUAAGCUUUAAAAAUUCUUAAGAUAAAAAUAAUAUAAAAGUACAUGGACUAUUACUGGACCAAAAUUUAAAUAAUAAUCUUUAAGAUAAACAAUUCUUGAUAUUAUCCCUGAAGAAGAUUUUAUAGAUGAAGAUAAUGUAAUUUAUAAGGGUGAAGAACAUUCUUGUUAUAUAUCUAUUAAGGAGGCCUUACAAUUUUAUGCUUCUAAAACUACUCAACCAUAUAAUUUUGAUCGUUUUAAAGAUUCAUGUUAAGCACUUAAUGCCUUUACAGAAUAUCAUGUAAUGUUAUAAAAUCCAAAUCCAAUUGAAUCAGACAAAUUGUCUUAAUUUUAAUUAGAGGAUAUCAAGUAAUAAGAAGAAGAAAAACCUUAUAAAAAGUUAGAAAAAGAAUAAAGAAAAGCAAUCACAUCUAAUGCUACUGUUUUAUUAUAAUUGUAGUUGAGAAGUUUCAUAGAUAGAUCUUUAUAACAUUUUGAGUAACAUAUUCUUAAUAUUGAUAUUCCUAAAUAAUAUGAUAUUUAGAUAAGUGAUACUAAUUUUACUAGUUUGAUUUAAGCUUGUUAAAGUUUAAAAGAUAGGGAAUUUAUACCUCCAAAAUGGACUUUACUUUAAUAACCUUAUGAUCCUUUUAUUCGAUUAGAAUUAGUAAUAGAAAAUGAAUUUGUUAAAUUAAAAGAAAAUGAAGAAUCUGUUAAGAAUGAAUUUGUUGAUGCAUAUAGAAGUAUAAUUAUCUCAUUUGAUAAAUUUUUACAUCCAAAAUUUGCUAAAGUCACUUAUAAUCCAAAAGAGACUAUCUAACCAGCUCCAUUAAGAAAUUUUUAAUUUAAUUUUGAUUAAGAUAUGGGAGGUAUGACAAAAGAAGACUUUUAAAGGUUCUUCAAAUCUUUUUGGCCAUAAGUGAAAGUAGAAGAAAAAUAAUAAAAAGAGCAUCCAGAACUAUUAUUGGCAUCUGAAGAAUAGAGAGAAGUUUAUUAAGAGAAAAAAUAUAUGACAGUAGCAUCAACUGAAGAAGGAUGUUAUUUGGCUUAAGAAGCUAGAAUUUUAAAACAUGUUAGUGAACAUUACAAAAGAACUCUUUAAGUUCUUGAAUAUUUCUAAUAGUUUACUUAAUUCUUUAAUAAAGUAUAUGAGAAGGAAAUCAAAUCAUUAAAGAAAGCAAUAUCAAAUGAAGAGUUUAAAAUGUAUAUGGAAAUUCUAAAUAAAUAUAAAAAUUUAUUAGAUAAAAUUCCAUUAACUAUUCAAUUCCCUUUAUUUUAAGUAAAUUGUGAGUCUGUAUGUUAAAAUGUCAAAUAAAUGAUUAAAGAAUAUAAGGAUAGAUUAUUUAUUAAUUUUGAAUCUGUUUUAAUAGAUUAAGCUAAAGUUAUAUCUGAUAGAUACUUACUUAUUAGUACAUACAUAAGAAGAUCACUAAAAACACCAGAAGAUGUAGAAGCUAUGGACAAGUACAUAACAGAUGUUGGUUAAGAGAGAGUAAAGAUAAAAACAAAUACAACAGACAUUUUUAUUAAGGUUAUGUUUUUACUGAAACAAGAUUAUGUUAUUAGUGAAUAAUUAUUAUUGUUAUCAGAAGAAUUGUAUCAUAGACCAGCAUAACUUGAUAAAGAAUUGAUUGAAUAGGAAGAGAAACAUUAGAUAGAGAGAGGUAGAUUAGAAGAGGAACUUAAAAAAUAGAGAUCAUAAUUUGAAGAGAGAGUGGCUAAAUAUUGUGAUGAAAUUCAUAAUCUUGAGACAUUCACAGAAAGAUCAAAAUAUAAAGGAUAUGUUAAAGAUAUAGAAGAAUUUGAAUAGAAAUUAGCAGAAGCUGCUGCUGAAAUGCAAGAAAUAAUUUAAAAAGAAUUAACAUUGUUUGGAUAUCCAUCUCAAUUUGAGAAUUUUGUUAAAUUGUAAGCUGAAAUAUAACCAUAUUCUGAAAUGUGGAAAUCAAUAGGUGUAUAUAUGGAAAAUAAAAAGAAAUGGAUGAAUGGUCCAAUUAUGGAUGUUGAUUAUGGUGAUGUAGAGACUAUUUUAAAGAAUUAAAGAAAGGGGAAUAUUAAACUUAGCAAAAUGUUUAAAUAAAAUAGUAUUCCAUUCAGAGUAUUGGGAGAGUUUGUAGAAGAUGUUGAAGCUAUGAGUUUACAUAGUAAAACUUUAGAAGUUCUAUCAAAUCCAGGUUUACGUGAAAGACAUUGGAAAACUGUUUAAACUAUACUUUCAUAAUCUUUCAAUUAUAAGGAAGUAUCUUUAAGGGAAUUGAUUACUUAGAAGGUAGAUUAAUUUAUUAAUGAAAUGGAAGAAAUAUCAGAAAAUGCAAGUAAAGAAUUCACUCUAGAAAAUGCAUUAGCUAAAAUGAAAAAAGAAUGGGAUAGUAUUAAAUUGGUUGUUUUGAAUUAUAAAGGAAGAGGAGUACUUAUUUUAUAAGGACAAUCUGUAGAAGAAAUUCAAACUUUAUUAGAUGAUCAUGUUAUUAAAUCUUAAACAAUCAGAGCUAAUCCUUUGAUUAAAUUUAUGGAGGAAGAUGCAAUAAGAUGGGAAAAAUUAAUGAUAUUUAUUUAAUAGAUCUUAGAUUUAUGGAUUAAAGUAUAAGGUAUGUACUUAUAUUUGGAACCUAUUUUCAGUUUUGAAGAUAUUGUAAAAACAUUAUAUGAUGAGAGUGAAAAAUUCAAGAAGGUAAGUAGUAAUUGGAAUUUAAUUACAAAGGCUGUUGAAAUGGAACCAUUAGCAUUAAAUUUAGAGAAGAUUCCAAAUUUAAUGGAUAUUUUAUAAACUUCAUUAAAAUUGAUAGAGGAAAUACAAAAAGGAUUAGAGAAUCAUUUGGAGAUUAAAAGAUUAGAAUUUCCUCGUUUCUUUUUUUUAUCAAAUGAUGAUUUGAUUAAUAUUUUGGCUGAGACAAGAGACCCCUUAUUAGUAUAACCUCAUAUGAGAAAGUGUUUUGAGGGAAUUGAAGAAUUAAUUUUCAAUUCAAAUACUGAUAUAUUAGGAAUGAAAAGUGUUGAAAAAGAAGAAGUCAAUUUUGAUAAUAAGGUAUCUCCUAAAGAAUUCAAGAAUUGUGUAGAGAAAUGGUUAUUAAAAGUGGAAGAAGAGAUGAGAAACAGCAUUUCUCAUUUAAUUAGAUAAUGUUAUGGAGAAUUAUAAGAAUUACCAGCUUUAAUUAAAUGGAUUCGUCGAUGGCCUGGUUAAUGUUUAUUGACUUGUGCUUGCAUUAAUUUUACUAAUUAAAUAGAGAGUACUAUAAGAUCAGGAAAGACUCUCAAUAAAUAUGGGAAUGACAGAGUUAAUCAUUUGAAUGAGAUUGUAUCUUUAGUAAGGGAAUCAUAAUAAUAAAAUGAAAGAUAAUUGUUAUCUGCUUUGAUAGUAUUAGAAGUUCAUAAUAAUGAUAUUUUAUAAGAUCUUAUUAAAUUAGAAAUGAAAGAUAUAAGUAUAUUUGAAUGGACUUCUUAAUUAAGAUAUUAUAUGUUAGAAGACACAAGUAUUUAAGUGAAAAUGGUAUAAACAUCUAUUCCAUAUGGAAAUGAAUAUUUAGGAAUAGGAAGUAGAUUGGUUAUUACUCCAUUAACAGAUCGAUGUUAUAGAACAUUAGUUGGUGCAUUAUAAUUGAAUUUAGGAGGAGCACCAGAAGGACCAGCUGGUACUGGUAAGACAGAAUCAACAAAAGAUUUAGCCAAAGCAGUUGCAGUAUAAUGUAUAGUGUUUAAUUGUGGUGAGGGAUUGAAUACUCAUGCAAUGGCCAAAUUUUUUAAAGGAUUAGCAAGUGCUGGUGCUUGGUCAUGUUUUGAUGAAUUUAAUAGAAUUGAAUUAGAAGUGUUAUCUGUUAUUGCAUAAUAAAUCUUAUAAAUAUAGUAAGCAAAAUCAAUGUAGAUUGAAUCAUUUUAAUUUGAAGGCACAGAAAUAAAAAUUCAAUAAUCAUGUAACAUCUUUAUUACAAUGAAUCCUGGUUAUGCAGGUAGAUCAGAAUUACCAGAUAAUUUGAAAGCACUAUUUAGACCAUGUGCUAUGAUGGUACCAGAUUAUGCUCUUAUUGCAGAAAUAUCUUUAUAUUCAUUUGGAUUUGUAGAGGCUAGAGCAUUGGCUAAAAAGAUAGUAGCUGUGUAUAAAUUAUGUUCAGAAUAACUAUCAAGUCAAGAUCAUUAUGAUUAUGGUAUGAGGGCAGUGAAAGCAGUAUUGACGGCUGCAUAAUUACUUAAACGAAAAUCUACAGAAAGAGAAGAUAUUCUUAUAUAUAGAGCCAUAGGUGAUAUCAAUUUACCUAAAUUCUUAACUAAUGAUGUGAUGUUAUUUAAUGGUAUUAUGAGUGAUCUCUUUCCAGAUGUAAAAGUGUAACCAGUAGAAUAUAAGAAUUUAUAAGAUGCUAUGCAUUAGGUCUUACAAUCUUAGAAUAUGCAAAUAGUACCUAAUUUUAAAAGAAAAGUUUUACAAUUAUAUGAAAUGAUUAAUUGUAGACAUGGACUUAUGUUAGUUGGUUAAACUAUGAGUGGAAAAACAUCAUGUUAUUAAGUAUUAGCAUCUACUCUUACUUACUGUCAUAAAAAUGGGUUACAAGAUGAAAGAUGUGUAUAAUAUCAUGUAUUAAAUCCUAAAUCUAUAACAUUGAAUUAAUUAUAUGGAUAUUCUGAUCCUGUUAGUAAGGAAUGGACAGAAGGAGUAUUGGGAGAAAUCUAUCGUAAAUGUGCUACAUCAACUUCUUAGGAUAGAUAAUUUUUAGUUUUUGAUGGGCCUGUAGAUGCAGCAUGGAUUGAAAAUAUGAAUACAGUUUUGGAUGACAAUAAGAAAUUAUGUUUAAUGAGUGGAGAGACAAUUGCUAUGACUGAUAGAAUGACAAUCAUAUUUGAAGUUCAAGAUUUAACAUAGGCAUCACCAGCAACAGUUAGUAGAUGUGGUAUGGUAUAUUUACAACCAGAUCAACUUGGAUGGUUUAAUAUAUUUUAGAAAUAAUUACAAGAAAUACAAAAUAUAGAUUAAAAUAUUAUAAUGAGAAUUUCUGAUCUCUUUGAAACUAUUGUUGAUAAAGCUCAAAAAUUCAUUAAAUAAAAAUGUCAUGAAUAUGAAUCUGUCCCAGAAAAUUCAUUUUGCAUUCAUACUUUAUCAAUGUUAAUUCAAUUAAUUUAAACAUAUCCAGAAGCUAUUAGGAAAUAAUCUGAUCCUAGUAUAUUGAUUGAUGCAUUCUUUAUAUAUUCAGUUAUAUGGACAGUAGGUAGUUCAGUGGAUGAAAUAGGUAGAAAACAUUUUGAUUAAUAUCUCAAAAAGUUAAUGAAGGAACCUCUUAGAAAUGAGAAUAAAAAAGAUGUUGUCAUUAAAAUUGAUAAGCAAUCUCAAAUACCAGAAUUAUCUAAUACAAAUAUUUAUGAUUUCUUUUAUGAUCCUGAAUUACUCAAAUGGAGAAUGUGGAAAGAAUUACUCAAAGAUUCUUAAAUUCCAGAAAACAUAACUUAUUAAGAAAUACUAGUAGAGACAUCUGAAUCUUUAAGAAUAACAGCACUCAUUGAUAAAUCCAUAAAUAGACAUUCUCCAUUAUUGAUUAUUGGUCCAAGUGGAGUUGGUAAAACAUGUUAUAUCCGUAAACAUAUAUCUUAAUUAUAAAACUACUUAAAUAUAUUUGUCAAUUUUUCAGCCACUACAAGUGCUAACAAAACACAAAUGAUUAUUGAUUCUAAGGUAGAAAGGAAAAGAAAAGGUUAUUAUGGACCACCAUUAGGUUUCAUUGGACUUAUUUAUAUUGAUGAUUUGAAUAUGCCUGCCCCUGAUAAAUAUGGUACUCAAGCACCUUUGGAAUUGAUAAGAUAAUUUAUAGGAACCAAAGGAUGGUAUGGUAAUGACAGAUAGUUUAUGCAUAUUUUGGAUUGCAAUAUUAUUGCAUCUAUGGGAUUGCCAGGUGGUGGAAGAAGCUUUGUUUCUUAAAGAUUAUUAAGAUUCUUUUAAAUAGUGUCUAUUGUUACUCCUGACACUAAUAAUAUAGUACAUAUCUUUACUUCUAUUAUUUCUUGGCAUUUGAAUAAUAUUAAAAUAGAAAACACAGAUAAUGAUAUUAGAAAGAGUUUUGGUUAUGCAAUAGAAGCAACAAUUGAUUUAUAUACAUAAAUUAGAGAUUAAUUAAAGGCAACUCCAAGAAAAUCAUGGUAUAUACUUAAUAUGAGGGAUAUUAGUAGAGUUGUAUAAGGUAUGACUUUGGUGAUGAAUUCAAAAGAAUUAUAACUUGAUCAUAAGAAAGUUUAGAGAUUAUGGCUUCAUGAAACUACAAGAACAUUUUUUGAUAGAUUGGAAUAAGUUGAUCAUGAAUAAUAUUAAUUAAUGUUAGCUAAUUCAAUUAAAUUGAAAUUAAGAGAUGAUUUAAAACAUAUGAUUAAACCAUAUGAUGAUGUUGCAACUACUAAAUACAAUAUAAAAAGUUAUGUUUGGUCAGACAUUCUUUCAGAAGAACCUAAUGUUUCAGAAAGGAAAUAUACAGAAGUAAUGUCAUCUACUAGAGUUUAUUCAAAAUUACAAUACUUUUUAGAAGAUCUUAAUUCUAAUACUAAAAAACCAUUGAAUUUAGCAUUUUUUGAUUAUUGUGUUGAUCAUCUCUUAAGAAUUCAAAGAGUUUUAAACAUGACUUAAGGUCAUUUAUUAUUGAUUGGUUUAGGAGGAUCUGGAAGAUAAAGUUUAACUAGAUUGGCAUGUUUUAUUAGAGAAUAAGAAUUCUUAUAAAUUGAAGUAGGGAAAGGUUAUACUUAUGAUUAAUGGAAAGAAACAAUGUAAAAAUUAAUGAUAAAUGCUGGAGCAGAUAAUAAAGAAAUAACUCUUUGUAUUUCUGAUUCAUAAAUAAAGAAACCAUUUAUAUUAGAAGAUGUUAAUAAUUUACUUAAUACAGGAGAUAUUCCUAAUCUAUUUGGAUAGGAAGAUUUCAUUCCAUAAAUAGAUAAAUUAAGAUUGAAAGCAAAGAAAGAAGGUAGAUAAUAAUUGUUUGAUAAUGGAAAUAAUGCUUAAUUUUAUGAUUAUUUUAUUGAAUGUGUAAAAAAGAAACUUCAUGUUGUUAUGGCAAUGAGUCCUAUUGGUGAUACCUUAAGAUCUAGAAUACGUAUGUUUCCUAGUAUUGUAAAUUGUACAACAAUUGAUUGUUUCCAUUAAUGGCCUGAAGAUGCUUUAGAAGCUGUAGCUAGAAAAUUCUUAGAGGAUAUAUAAAUAAAGGAUAGUCAAUAAAGAUUAUUGGUAGCUUAAUGCAAAUAUAUGCAUUCAUCAUUACAAACUAUUAGUGAGUAAUUUAAAUCUCAAGAAGGAAGACACAAUUAUGUUACUCCUAGUAGUUAUUUUGAGUUAUUGAAAACAUUUCAAGCUGUUUUACAUGUAGAAAAAACAAAAUUAGAAGAUACUAGAAAUAUGUAUAAAAAUGGAGUAACUAAACUUGAUUAAACAUAAGAAGAAGUUAAGAGAAUGGAAGCUGAAUUAAUUGAAAAAUAACCUAAAUUAGUUGAAAUGAAUAUUGAAGCCAGUAAAUUAGCAGUUAUUAUUAAAUAAUAAGCAGAUGCAAUGGAACCUAAGAGAUUAUAAGUAUAAUAAGAGGAAGCUAGAGUAUCAGAAUGUGUUAAGGAAGCUGAAAUAAUUAAUUAAGAAUGUGAGAAAGAAUUAUCUGUAGCAAAGCCUAAAUUAAAAUAAGCAGAAGAAGCUUUAAAUACAUUAUCACCUGCAGAUAUUAAUUCAAUCAAAGCUAUGUUGAAACCACCAAUUACUGUUAAAUUAGUAAUGGAAUCUGUUUGUGUUUUAUGUGGAGUUCCACCUAUCAGUAUGCCUAAACCAGAAAAUCCAAAAGAAAGAUUUAUGGAUUAUUGGGAAGCAAGUAAGAAAUUUUUAGCAGACAAGGAUUUCCUAUAAAAACUUAUUGGUUAUGAUAAAAAUAAUAUCAAACCUGAAAUUAUGCAAAAAGUUAGAAAUAAUUAUAUUUCUAAAAAAGAAGAAUAUAAUCCAAAAAGAGUUGAAAAGGCUAGUUCUGCUGCUAAAGGAUUAUGUGAAUGGGUUUUAGCUUUAGAUGAAUAUGAAAAGGUACUCACUAUUGUUAGACCUAAAUAAGAAAAGUAUCUUCAAUCAUAAUAGGAAGUAGCUAGAUUAUAAGAAUCAUUGAAAAUAUUAUAAUAAGAUUUAUCUGUAUUAACAACAGAGAUUAAUAAGUUAGAAUAGGCUUAUUAGGAAACUAUAAAUAAUCAAUAAUAAUUGGAUAGAGAUAUUAAAGAAUGUGAAGUUAAAUUGUAAAGAGCUACAAAGUUGAUGGAAGGAUUAGGAGGUGAAAGAGAAAGAUGGAGUAAAUCAUCAACUAUUUAUGAAUAAAGAUUAAAAUAAGUAUAGGGAGAUAUUAUAUUAUCAUCUGGAACUAUUGCUUAUUUAGGAGUUUUUAGUAAUAGUUUUAGAUAGAAAACUAUAAAAAUGUGGAUGGAUCAUUUAUAAGGUCAUAUGUAAUUCUCUGAAAACUUUUCAUUAUAGAAUAUUCUUGGAUAACCUAUUUUAAUUAGAUAAUGGAGAAUGAAUGGUUUACCUAGUGAUUAAUUUAGUAUUGAAAAUGGAAUUAUCAUGAAUAGAUGUCAAAGAUUUCCUUUAUUAAUAGAUCCAUAAGGACAAGGAAAUAGAUUUAUUAGAUAAAAUGAAAAAGAUAUAAAAUUAGUUAAAUUUACAGAUAGUGAUUUCUUGAGAACAUUAGAGAAUACUCUUUAAUUUGGAUAACCUUUACUCAUUGAAAAUGUAUAUGAAGAUAUUGAUUCAACUAUUGAUUCUGUGCUACUUAAAUAAAUAUUCAAAAAUGCUGGAGUUAUGUCAGUCCGUAUUGGAGAUAACAUAAUACCCUAUAAUAAAUAAUUUAAUUUAUUUAUGACCACUAAAUUAAGUAAUCCUCAUUAUACUCCUGAAAUUAGUACUAAAGUUACAAUUAUCAAUUUUACUAUUACUUAAAGUGGAUUAGAGGAUUAACUACUUGAAAUAUGUGUAAGCAAAGAAUAACCAAAUUUAGAAGAGGAGAAAAAUAGAUAAAUUUUAUAAUAACACAAAAAUAAAUAAGAAUUAUAAAAAAUAGAAGAUUAAAUUCUUAGAGUUUUAAAUAAAGCUGAAAAUAUACUUAAUGAUGAAGAAGCUAUUUAAAUUUUAUAGACAUCUAAAGAGAAAUCAAAAGAUAUUGAAGAAAAAUAAGAGACAUCAGAAUAUACAGAAAGAAAGAUUGAUGAAGCCAGAGUAUAAUACAAACCAAUUGCCAUUCAUGGUGCUUUACUUUUCUUUGCAGUCAUAUCAUUAGCCUAAUUAGAUUCUAUGUAUUAAUACUCUUUAACUUGGUUAUUAAAUUUAUAUUAGGAAGCAUUCAUCAAAAGUGAACCAAGUUAACGUAUUCAAUAAAGAAUAAGUAACAUUAAUAAUAUGACAUUAAAUUUAAUUUAUAAUUAAGUUUGUAGAGGAUUAUUUGAAAAAGAUAAAUUACUUUACAGUUUUAUCAUUUUAAUUAAAAUUCUUGAAUAAAAGAAAUAAAUAGAUUUUGAAGAAUUCUCCUUCAUUAUUAGAUAAAUAACUAUUCCAAAUGAAGUACCAGAAAAUCCUUUCAAAGAAUGGUUACCAAAUUAAGCAUGGGCAAGAGUAUAAGUGUUAAUUAAAGUGAACAAGAAAUUAUCAUAAAUUGUAGAUAGUAUGCGUAAUUUCCCUGAAGUUUGGAUGGAAUUAUUAAACUCACCUGAUGGCCAUUCAAUUAGAUUACCUGAACCUUUUAUUAUCAUCACACCUAUUUAAAGAAUGUGUAUAAUAAAAGCUUUAAGACCUGGUAAAUUGCCUAAAGUGAUAUAAGACUUUGUUUCUUCAGAAUUAGGAGAAAAAUAUACUCAACCUCCAUCAUUUUCUCUUCAUUAAUCAUUUCAGGGUAGUAAUCCCAAAUCCCCAUUAUUAUUUGUAUUACCAGGUACUGAUCCAAUGAAUGCUUUACUUAAUUUUGCUAAAUAGAAAGAUAUAUAAUUAAGAUCUGUUUCAUUAGGUUAAGGAUAAGGUGUUAUUGCAGAAAAGGAAAUCGAAGAUGCAAAAUAAUCAGGAUCAUGGGUGAUAUUAUAAAAUUGUCAUUUAUAUCCAUCAUGGAUGCCAAAAUUAGAAAAGAUUAUAGAGGAUAUAUAAACAUAGAAAAUGCAUAAUCAUUUUAGACUUUGGUUAACUAGUUAUCCUAGUGAAGAUUUACCUGCAUCUAUUGUUUAAAGUAGUGUAAAGAUGACAAAUGAACCUCCAACUGGUAUAAAAUCGAAUCUAUAAGUCAGUUAUUCUAGUGCUCUAUAUUAAUAAUUAGAUUAUUCAAAUAAAAAAUUAUCUAAACUAUUUUAUGCAUUAUCAUUUUUCCAUGCUAUAUUAUAAGAACGUAGAAAUUAUGGACCUAUUGGAUUUAAUAUCUAUUAUGAUUUUAAUCAAUCUGAUCUAUUUAUAUCAAUAAGGUAAUUAUAAUAAAUGGCUGCUGAUGUUUCCAUUCCUUUUUAUGCUUUACAUUAUUUGAUUGGAGAAUGCAAUUAUGGAGGUAGAGUGACUGAUGAAAGAGAUAGAAGAGUAGUUAGAGCACUCUUAGAUGAAUAUUUGACAGAAAAAGUAACAUUAGAUACUUUCUAAAUAUAAGAUUUUCCAAUCAUUGAAGGUUUAUCAUAUGAAGAAUAUAUAAAUCAAUUGAAUAAUCUACCAUUAGUUUAACCUACUCAUCUUUUUGGAUUCCAUCCAAAUGCUGAAAUAAUGAAGGAUUAACAAUAUACAGAUGAAAUAUUAAGAAAAUUGUAAUAAACUUUAGGAUCUUCAUAUACUGAUGGUUAAUAAAAUGAUGAAUCUAAAAAAGCAGAUAAUAUUCUUAAACAAUUAUGUGAAGAGUACCUUGCCAAUUUCCCUAGAAAAUUUGAUAUGGAAAUUGCUAAUGCUAAAUAUCCUCAUGAUUAUAAGAACUCUUUUAAUACUGUUUUCUAAUAAGAAAUAACAAGAUUCAAUAAAUUAAUCUCAAUUAUUUAGUAAUCAUUUAUUGAUACAUUAAAUGCAAUCAAAGGUUUAACAGCAAUGUCUGAUUAAUUGGAGAAAAUUACUUAAUCAUUUCUUAUUGGAACAGUACCAGAAUAAUGGAAAAAAUAUAGUUAUCCUUCAUUAAAACCCCUUGCUUCUUAUUUAUAAGAUUUCUUCAGAAGAAUUAGAUAUUUCUAAAAUUGGCUAGAUAAAUAAAUACCCUAUGUCCAUUGGAUCUCAGGUUUCUUCUUUACUUAAUCCUUCCUUACUGCUGUCCUAUAAAAUCAUGCCAGAAAAUACUCAAUAGCAAUAGACAAAUUAGAUUUUGAUUUCCAAUUUCUUGAAGAGCCGUAAUCUAAUUUUGAAAUUAAUCAAUUACCUCGAUAAGUUAACGGUAAUCUAUUAUCACCUAUAUUCUAGAUGGUACUCUUAUUUUUGGACUCUUUUUAGAAGGAUGUAGAUGGGAUUAUGGUCGAGAAAUGAUUGUAGAAUCUAAUCCAAAAGUACUUACAACCUUGGCACCUAUCAUCUGGCUUAAACCAAUAUAAGGGGAAAUAGACAUUAAAAAUUAAUAUAUUUGUCCUGUCUACAAAACUGCUGAAAGAAGAGGUGUUCUCUCCACCACUGGUCAUUCUACUAAUUUCAUUAUGAAUGUCAAUAUGCCAACUGAAUAAUCAUAACAUCAUUGGGUGAAGAGAGGUGUAGCUAUGCUUUGUUAAUUAUCAGACUGA